AGCUACUGAAGCAAACAAAACAAGGUAAAAUAAUACUAGUUGUUUUAAUGGUCUCCGCUUGAAUGUAUGUGCAAAAAGCAUGUCCAAGAAGAAGAACAGUGUACUUCUGGAAGUCGACAGAUCAAUAAUUGAACAUAACCUACUCAUUCAGGAUAACAAAAACGAUGGCCUUGAUGAACUCUUUCCGAAACGGAUCUCACAGGAAACAGAUGUUCCUUGGAAACUUGUGAAGCCCACUCCCGGCAUGUGCGUGAAGACACAUACCGAAGAUGGAGGUAAAGUGUUCAUAAACAUCUGUCAGACAUCUGAUGUGCCUGCUCCAGAGGAUAUCAAUGAGGAAUCACUUGUAAAGAUAUGGUCCUCAGAUGAUCACUCCUCUUUCAGAAUACCCAUGAGUAUCGGUGACGGUCACGAGGAAGCUGACAAAGCUGGCAACCCUUCUAUUGCCUAUGAUGUGGCCAUCAAUCCCGAAUUCUACAAGAAAACAGAAAACAGCAAAUUAUUCCUCUCCUUCCUCCUUACUGUUGUGAUGGAGGGCUUAAAGGACAAAUACAGUCUUAGUCUUCAGACAGAUGACUAUGUGAUUUUGAAGAACCGUAAGGUACUGGGUAAUCUACUACCUCAUCGAAUAAGACAAGGAGGACAGAAGAAACCAGCAGGCCCCCUCAUUCAAGAGAUGACACCACCUGUACUCCUAUCAAGCCGUCAGCCACAAUACCGGAUCCGACAAGAGCCAGCACAGGCUGCGUUCCCAGAAUACUUGCUUGCAGAGUUCUUUAUGAAGGACCUGUCAAGUAGCCAUGGUCUAACACUGGAUGUUGGAGAAGAUCGAAUCGUACUAGGCAGUCCUGGACGGAUUGGCCAGCAGGCCUACAAACUCGAUGUGUUCAUUCCAUAUUCAGUUGAUCAGGAUAGGUGCUCUGCAACCUUCAAUACUGAUACAAAGAUCCUGAGUCUAAAAAUGCCAGUUAUUACCACAAGUUAAGAAUGAGGAGACAAAAUUAUUAAUUUCUGUUGUAUUUCAUUUUUCACUUCCUUUCGGUUUGCUUGUUUUAUUUAGGACUACAGCAGAGUCCAUAUUACUAUACGAUUACUGAGUUACUGUUCAUUUGUUAAUGCAGGAUUGUGAGCAAAACCUUUACAUUUAAUAAAGAAUAUAUCACUUGCAUAAUCUUCCCUAA